UGCUGUCCCUGACCCAUAGGCUGCUGUGUGCCUGUUCUAUGCUAUACAGAGCCGAGCAAUGGAGCUGUACAUAGCAGUGGGCCUGGUUCUGGACAUAAAGCAUAAUGGGCUCCCCUGGGAACUGCAGAGUUUCAUCAGGAUCUACUAUAAUAAGGUAUACAAAAAUGCAAACUGAGAAGAAGCACAGUUGGCAUUUACCAAGAAUUGAUGAAAAGGAAGGUCCUCCACCUACUGAAAAGAACUUGAAAGCAUUACAAGAGCAUUUUAGAGUGGUUGAAAUGACAAAAGAGUCCUUCAAAAAACAGACAAGACAUCAUAUACUUAGUCAACAGAAAGAAAUAACUCAGCUGAAAGAACAACAGAAAGAGCUGAAACUUACUAAAUUACACAAUAGAUCUAAAAAAGAUAUUCAAAAGUAUAAAGAAAAUGCCAAAAAACUUUCUAAACUGACAGAAGCCCAAGACAAUUAUAACCGUGAUAUAGAGGAGCAAAAAAUCCUGAUAAGUGACCUGGACAUUAAGAUAAAAGAAAAGGAGGAAGAGAUUGUAAAACGCAGAAAGGAAAUGCCCCAACUUAAAAGCUUAGGGCGAAGCCGAAUUGCUCAGCUGGAAAAUGAACUUCAACAUGUCAACCAAAAAUUUAAUAUGAUGAAUAUUGAAAACGCCAGACGAAGGGAGAGUAUUAACUAUCUACUCAUCAAAAAGACAGAAUUUCAGAACAUUAUGGAGAAAAUCGAGCAAAAAGUUAACCAUUACAAAGAGUCAGUAGAGAAGAUACAAGAGCAGAUCAAGUCUGCUCAUGAAGAAAAGACUGUAAUCCAGAGAAAAAGCCUAGCCUUCAAGGACAAAGCAGCCAAAGAAAUAAAAAAGUAUGAUAAAAAGAUUGAGAGCCUUACUAAAUAUGUUGAUGAUUUGAGGAAACAAAAGCAAUUUUUGGACGCAAAAUUGUUAGAUCGUUCUGCAAUGGCAAGGGAAGAGAAUCGAAAGAAACGAGAAAGAAGACAGGAAGAAAUGAAAAAGCUAAACCAGGAGAUCAUUGACGAACACAACGCCAUCUGUGAAGAACUAGGAAGUCUAUUGGGACAACAGGAUGUUGACCUUUUCAAGAUGGCAAAACAGUAUGCAUUGCAGGAAAUGAAAAAUUAUUCACUUUUCACAUAUGUCAACGAAUUGUAUAAAGAAGAGAGGGACAUCAGUAUGAAAAUGAAAGAGUUGGAGGAUGAAAUUUCUACUUUGGAGUCUCAAAAGAAAAACACCUUGAAUGAGCAGCUCAUCAGCAUCAAGCAGUUAGAGGAAAAACUGCAUAAAACAUCUGAAGCAGCAGAAAAUUACAAAAAUAACAACUGUGAAAAGACAAGAGAUCUUCAACUGAUAACAUCAGCCACCGAGGAUUUGGUGAAAAAUCUUGACUGCGACGUAUCAUCAAUGAAGAAGUUGUUUGAGUGUGAAGAGCUCACAUACCAGGACAAAUUGGAGUAUUUUGAAUUUCUCGAGAUGAAAAUCAGAGACUUAAUACAUGUUCCUAAUGUUUGCACGUUACUGGACAGAACUGAAGGCAGUGUUUCAUCUAUCUCUAUUCCCUGCAUUAUGGGUGUAUCUGAAAUAUCUUGUUCUGUGGAUGUCAAAAAGCUUUCUUUACCAUCCAUGCCCAAAAAGAUCAAAGCCUCUGAUGAUUCUGUUUUUUUUCUGCAUCCACUUCAGCUUGUCUUCCAGGAUUGGCAAGCCCUCUCCUGCACCCUAGGCUCAGCAACUGUUUCCAUAUAUUGCUAACCCCUACUGAGGGUUGAUAUGCAAGUUUUCCACUUGCUCCAGUUGAAAUCCUGGAAAUUGCUGAACUGCGGAAAAAGAUUCUCUGUGAUCUGCAGAGUGAACAAGGCAAAUAAGGCAAAGACAGAGUAACAAAGUAACAAAAAAUAAAUAAAUACUGAACAAAUGGUACUAUCUAGAG